CAGGGCCAGAAAAACCGAGACAUCUCCGAGACAACCACCAGAACAGAGAGUGCUGCAUGAGCCCAGCUUGACCACAGGGGGCAGACAGCGACGCAAGCCGGGAGAGGGAGGGGGGCGUGUGGUGAGGGCCACACAUAUGAGCCUGGAAACCAGCAGCAGGAUCCUCCGUGCUGUGUCUCCCGGCGGGGUUUCGCCCGCGGUGUGGAGCGAGUUUUCGCGCGGUUACCAAGCGCUGUCUCCUGACGAAACGCGAUCCUCUAAUAUGUGCGUUAGAGCCGGCGCGACGAUGUCCACGAAACGUCAGGGCUACCAAACAAAGACCGAGGCGACGGAGCCGCAGCCGACACAGCAGCAGCUCUUCCGCCAGCUGGGGCCUUCCAUCGAAGCCGCCGCUGGAGGUGGAUUAGAUAACCCGAGGCUCAAGCGCAACAAGCCCGUCAAGUGGAGUGCGGAGGAGGAUCGUAGGCUCCGAGACGCUGUUGUCAGGUUCUCUGAAGCGCGUUGGAAGGACAUCGCUAGUCUGGUGGAGACGCGCAAUCACGUUCAGUGCUUGCAGCGGUGGAAAAAGGUUCUGAAGCCGGGGCUCGUCAAGGGGCAGUGGAGCGCCGAAGAGGAUGACCGGCUGGUGGGACUGGUGGAGAAGGGGUUCCGUAACUGGGGACAGGUGGCGUCGUUUAUGGACGGAAGGACUUCCAAGCAAUGCCGUGAACGGUGGUGCCACCACCUCGAUCCUGCGGUACGCAAGGGCGGCUACACCACUGAGGAAGACGAGCUCAUCAUUUUCUUGCAGGGGGAGGUCGGAAACCGGUGGGCAGACAUCGCGAAACGGUUGACAGGGAGGACGGAAAACGCUGUCAAGAUCCGCUGGAAAGCCCUGAACCGGCGCCAGCGGGACGCGCGGAACAAAGCCGCGGCGGCGGCGGCUUCUCCCGCCGCCCCAACCGGCCACCGGCUGCUGCCCCGUCCCGCCGGCGCCGGCGCCUCAAACGACCCGCUGUCGUCAUCGUCGUCGUCGUCGUCGUCGUUGUCCGACGCCGGCGGCAGGGGCGCCGUGGAUGGGCGAGAAAAGGUGACGGGGGGUAUGAUGGUCGGGCCUGGAGGCGGCGGCGGUGGAGGGAAAACUGUCGCUCGAACAUCGUCGACGUCGUCUUCCUCCUCCUCUUCCUCGUCUUCCGCCGCCGCUGCCCAUGGAGGCGGCGGUUCCUCGUCCUCUAAAGUUGCAUCUCGGAGGCAAAAAGGCGGGGGCGGCGGUGCUCGGGCGGCGUUGGAUACACCGGCGGCGGCGUCCGGCGUGGCGGGACCGGGAGGGAUGUCGAUGAGCUUUUCAAACUUGCCGCUGUCAUCGUCGUUGGCGGACAUCAAGCCGAACCUGACCCCGGCGGAGGCAGGGGCUAUCCACGCGGAGCAAGCACGGCGCUCUCUCUCGUAUCCCUCCGCCUUUGCCGCCGCUAGCGCGGCAACCUCCCCCUCCCCGGGCUACCCGAUCAACGACGCCUCCGCGGGAGCCGCCGCGACCUGCGCGUCUUUGGGGAGAAUAGACCGGCCCCCGGGCGUCGGGGUCGGCGCGGGUUUUCAACAAGAAUCUGAACAGGCGGUAGCGGGCAGCUGCUGCGGGGGCGGGAGAGAAGGGGGAGAAGGAAAGAGCGGCCGCCAGCAUUGGUCGCAGAAGGGUGUCGGCGGCGAAGCGUCGUCGUUCGAUGACCGGGCCCCCUUGACCGGGUCUGGGUUGGCUGCCGCUGCUGCCGCCGCCGCGUCCGCCGUUUCUGGUUCGGGAAUGGUCCCCGCCGUCAAGGGGGCGGCGGCGCCGGAAGGCGCGCGGACCUCGCCGUCGCGCCGGUAUCCUUUCGCUUCCGGCGACGGCAGCGGUGGCGGAGGCGGAGGCGAAGAGCGCCCGGCGGGCAACGGCGGCAAGAUGGAGGGCGCCGGCGACGGCGGCCUGCACCGCCUGUGCGCGGCUCUGGCCAACGUCGAGGCCAUGGACAAUAUGCACAGGCGAGGAGGCGGUGCUGUCGCCGCUGCCCCCGCCGCGCGCACGGCACCAUCAUCCCGAGCCUCGCUCAAGCGGGCAGAGCUAGAGGGCGGCGGCGGCGGUAAGCGUAGUGACCGCUCGACCCCGUCCGGGGAGGAGGAGGGACAGCAGCAACAGCAUGUCGGGGGCAAGUCGCCGGGCGCCGCCGCCGCUGGUACUUCGCGCACGAAACGCGCUAGGGAUGAUGGUGCUGAGGUCGGCAAGGCGCAAGUAUCGGCACGAGGAGCGGCGGCGGCGGUGGAGGGUGGAGGAUCACCGAGUAAGGUGGCGUCUCCUCCGGCUAAGAGAGCGGCCAGGUCCCCGGCCAACAGCGACGCCGCUGUGCCGACGUCAUGCUCACCACCGGCCGCCGCCGCCGCCGCCAGUCCGGCUGCCGCUCCGGGCGCAGCGGCUGUGGCCGGCAGUCUUGCAUCUCAUGAUUUAGAUACUAGUUCGUCGUCGUGA